AUGCGUCACCUUCGUCGGUCCUGGCCGGCCGCCAAGACAGAGUUUUCGCCCAGCGAAGAGUUCCAAGACCUCGUGCCCGCCAACAAGGACAGGCACAAACCACCACCUGCAACCGUUGAGCAACCUCCUGGCCAACCUGUAGCCGCCGACACGCAGAGGGCAGCACAUCCCGAAGCCAACGGAGUACCACCGAAGAUCACCGUGGGCGCCGCCGGAACGCCACAUAGAGGGGACGCCGACCAACACCGACACGGGGCUCGAGGACGAACGCCGAAGUCCGCAGACAUGAACUCCCCGCACCACCCGAAGCCGCCACCGCACAGCCAACCCGGCCCAAGACCAUGGCCAGCACCGCGCCACCCCAGCGCCAUGACGGAGUCGCCGCCAACGCCAACAGCGGCCGCGGCCCGCAUGGCCCGACAUGCCCAGAUCGGGGCCCGCCCAUCGCCGCAGCCUCCAGAAGCAGCACCGCCGCCAUGGCCUCCGGCAGGCUCCUCCGCCCACGCGGCCAUCCCAGUCGCCGCACUUGCCCACCACCACUCAGCAGAAACCUUUCGCAGCAGCCAGGAACACCACGUCACGGACGCCGCCGCUGCCCGGGGACACCACCCCGGCAAUCCGCCGCACCUGCCCCGGACCUAG